CAAAUAUUAUGAUUCUUUUAAGUUCUUCACAAUUAAUUUAGGUCUUAAUAUGUCUCUAUUCCCAGCAUAUGCUCAACAAGAGGAGGCCUCAACCUCAACAAAGCAAGACUGGCUAGAAAAUUCAAGUUUCAAGCCUGAUAUUGCAUUAUUGAACAACAAUGGGACCCAAACUGAGGCCCCCAAAGCCAAAAAGAAGAAAUCGAAACGCAAAAAGAGGCGUAGAAAGUCUUUAGAGAUACAAUCUGAUAGUAGUAAUGAUAUAGAGAAAUCAUCUGAUAGUGAUAUUGAAGCCUUCGAGAAAAGAAAGAGGAGACACCCUAAAGAAGAUGAUAAAAUGGAAAUUGAUAUCGAUCAAGUCACAGAAGAAUUCUUCAAAAUUGAUUUAAAACCAACAAAAGAGUUUUUAAAUGUUGCUACAAUUUCAAGACCGUCAGUAGCAAAAUACAAUAAAUAUUAUUUGGAUAAGAGUUUCAAGCAAAAGAAACAGAAAACAAAAAGAUACUUUCAAACCGUAAACUCUCAAGAUAAAUCUGAAGAUGAUGAAUGUAAAAAACUUACCAGAGAAAUAUUGAAUAAAUUAGAUGCUAGUGCAAACAAAUCAGCAAAAGAUGAGAAUUUCCCAGGCUCCACCGAAGAAGAAAACCUAUCAAAAACAACAGCCCAUUACAAUAAAAACCUAACCGACAACCCCAAAGACAUCCAAAUGUGGCUCAAAUACGUCGAUUUCCAAAAUACUGUAUAUGAAUUUGAAAAAUCUUACAAAAAAGGCAGCAUAGCUAAAGCCCAAAGAGUUCUAGCAGAAAGAAAAAUUUCUAUUCUAGACAAAGCCCUCAUCCACAAUCCUGGCUGUGAAGAAUUAUUAAGGAAACGCUUAGAUGUUGCCGUUACUGCUUUUCCUGCAGAUGAACUCCAAACUCAAUUAAAAAAGCUACUGGAAAAGGAAAAAGACAACAUAAUCCUUUGGCAAGGCUAUAUUGAAGCUACACAAUGCUCAAUGUCCCAUUGCAACUCUCCAGCUGUAUUAAAUUUGUAUAUUAAAUGCCUAUCGUCUCUUCACCAACUAAGAAGAAGUACUUUAUCAGAAAAAUCUGCUUUUGAGGAGAGCAUUUUAAAAAUCCUCUAUCAGUGUGGCUUGUUUUUGAAACAAGCAGGCCUUUUCGAACAAUUAUGGACUGUCCUAAAAUUAUAUCUGGAAUUAAACUUAAAUUCUACUAAGGGGGAGUUUAAUGUUGAAAAAUAUUUUAAGGAAAAUGAAUUGCUGGAAUUAGAAGAUGUUGUUCUUAAAUCAAAAUUGCCUCAUCACGAAUUGUGGCUUAGAACUGAAAAACUAAGAGAAUCUUGUCAUUGGUUGCCACUUACAGGGGGAGAAUGUGAAGAUCCGCAACGUUUGGUUUUUAAUGCGGAUGUAGCUGAAUUAAUUCAACCAAUUACUAUAAAGGAAAAUAUCUUUAGGCUUGUUGCCACUUGUUUGACUUUAUUGAAAAUACCCUUAUUACCUUCAAGGCAUGCUACAAUGCAGGAUUUGGGUUUGGAUUAUGUUCCGUGGAGCUUGGAUUCUAUUGAAAUGUUGUUGCCAGUUUUUGUGCCUUUGUAUCCGGUGGAUACUUUGAAUAAGAAUCUUUUGAAGGAUACUGAUAGAUUGGCUGUUGGGCCACAAUACUUGAAAGUGCUGCCCGGUCAAGAAGAAUAUUUGAAUUUUGUGUUGUCAGUUAUGGAAGGUUGCGCUGAAUGUCUAGAGGGUAAAGAUCAAAUUGCUGUUCGUAUAUGGUGGUUCAGAUUUCUGAGAUUAUUAAUAAUAUUAGAUAUUCAAAAAAGAUUCAAAUUACCAAGUAACUUCAAAAAACAAAUUAAAUCAUCCAUUAAAGACCUUCUAAAACGUGAACAAUUUAGGAAUAAUGAAAUGUUUUAUAUGGAAUAUGCCUUAAUCGAAAAGGCUUUGGGUAACUGUGAGAAAAGCAUUAAUAUUUUAAAAACUGCCCUUAAUAUGAACCAAAACAAAUCAAUUGUAACAGAAAAUUCGUCUGAAUCGCAAACAAACCAGUGUAAUUUGUAUAAGAACCUCAUUGAAGUACUUAUGGAUUCUACUAAUUCAACAAAAACCAAAGAAAAUGUAUUGAAUGAAUUAUUAAAGCUGGUUUUGCAAAGGAAAUUUGAUUCUCUAACAAAUGGUUUAUUGAUGGAAGCUGAAACUAAAUUUAAAAAUAUUACCGAGAAGUUGCUACAAAGAGAUAUAAGCGAUUUGAGCUCUAGAGAUCAUUUUUUGGCUGAUUUUUUCACUGAUUGGAUCAUUUGUCAUGGAUGGUUCCUUUAUUGGACCAAAGGUCCAUUACAAUGCGGUAAAUUCAUAGAAGACACUUUACUAAACCUAGAAAAUAGGCAACAAAGCUUAAAUUUCCAAAAAGAAAUUCUAUACGAGUUCCAUUGCUCUGUCUUGUUCAAAUCUUGCAUGGAACCUGGAACUCACAAUUUCAAAAUCUUAGAUGAAGUACUUUUUAAGGCCAUUGAAAAAUACCCAAAUAAUUUAUACUUACUGUCAAUACUAGCCAAAGAGCAAAGUUUAAAGAAAAACUUUGGCAUGUCAGCGUGGAAAGUGCAAGAUUUACUAUUGAAAACUGGCAGAUCUAUUGCGACAAUUUUCGUUAUUAUUAUAAACGAUUUGGUUCAAUUGGAAAUUGAGGCUCAUGCGGUCGAUUCUUCAACUGGACUCAAAUUAGAGAUGGAUAGUAAUUUUAAGAAUAAAACAAAUUCGCUUUUUAAAAAAAUUACUAAUAAGGAGAUGUGCACUAGGAGGUGCGGAUUAGUUUGGAGGCUGUUUUUGCAAUUCGUACAUCAGUAUUUUGAUACUAAUGUUUGCAGGAAUGUUUAUUAUAGUGCUGUAGAGCAAUGUCCUUGGCUGAAAGCUCUUUAUAUGGAUGCAGCCAUUUACAUUCCGGCAGAGUUGGCUCAAAUUCAAGACUUAAUCAUAGAGAAACAGCUACGUCUUCACCUCACUCCCGAAGAGUUGGACAUUUUGAGAAUUUAAAAAAAAAAAAAAAUUACAAAUAAAAAUUGUCUUAUUUAUCAAUAUUCUCCAUCCUUAAAUUAAUAUUUUACAUUUUAGGCUGAAUAAAUAAUAUUGGAAAUACCCCUCCUAACUUAGAGCUACAAAUAAAUAAAUAUUGUCUUAGUUGAACAGGUGAUAUUUUGGGCCUAGAUAUGAAUACAUAGAAUUACUAUGUAUGUAUAUCAACCAGCAGAACCCAAUCGGCUGCACUAUUUAUUUUAUACAUAAAGAUGUUUAUAUCACAAUAAUUGGCAACAAUAUACUUUAUAUUUUAAAAGUAACAGGCUUGUUACCUAGUAAACCAUUUCUUGCCUAAAAAUAACACACAGUAGUAGGUUUUAGUAUACAAAAAUUUGUAGCCAUGUUAACAUUCCAAAGAACUAGCAAGACAUAAAACCUAUAUCACAUAAAUUGCCUGGCUGGGCCAAUUAUAAAAAAUUUAAGACUACCUAUUAUCCAUAACCACUUGUUUGAAACUAUUUAUACCGGUGGACAUUUGAGAUUUUACUUCGUGAUUUCCUAGAGACGCAGUGCCAUCUUUA